GAUGUCAGUGUUGCUAUAAAUGGUUCACUAGUGGCUACAUCUCUCAUCCAGGCAGCUCUGGGUGUCACCUCGUUAGUCAAUUGUUGUAAGGCUUUCUGUUGUGGUGACGACACAAGUGACAGAACAAAUGUAUCAAAUACACAACAAUCGCAACAAGAUGGCCGUAUUAAUGUUGGAUAUGCAAACAAUACUGCAUGCAGACCUCCCGCGAACAAUCCUGCUUACACUCCUGCAAACACUCCUACUGCACCUCAGGUAUCAAAUACACAACAAUCGCAACAAGAUGGCCGUAUUAAUGUUGGAUAUGCAAACAACACUGCAUGCAGUCCUCCCGCGAUCAAUCCUGCAGACACUCCUCCUGCAUACAGUUCUACUGCAUCUCAGGUCAAAAUCAAUGAAAAUUUGAAAAAUUGUACUAUUAAUUGCAAAAACGUAGUGCUCAACAUAGCUUAAUAAGGCAUUAAAAAGCCAUUUCGAGUUCAUAUCUGUAUACAUCCU